ACUGUGUUAAACCUGAAUGUCCUUAAAAACCGUGGUUAGCCGCUGUAUGCCGUAAGCACGAUGAACUUGUCACGACGGGCCAGCGUCUUUCAUCGGACUAGUUUUGCUUGGGCUGGAGGUCUGUGCAAACAAUGAACUUGAAGAGGCACUAUGUAGUGCGGCGGGUAAAGUGUCCAUACGGAGCAGUACAGGUUACAAUACCGGUGGCACGCGCAAAGCAUGGCUAGCCAACAUCGUGCUUGUCGGUUUGUGAAAUUACCACGUUGUGGUGCAGUCGGCAUUGCAGCUUUACGUCCCUAUGAUGCAACCAACCGAGGGAACACACCCUGCUACUUUGCAUUUCAGCCGUUGCCUAUAACAAAGGAAUGCUCUGCAACAGUUUAUAUCUGCUAGGAGGAUAGCAGGACUCUGUAGUUAGGUAUGUGUUGACCAAUGCGGCGUAUGGACUCGUCGGUAAAUGGCUCGAGGCGAAGCACGAAGGACUGCUACCAAAGCCUUGCGGUUUCACGGUUAAUUUACCUCGGGCUCCUUGUCCUUCGCUUUGAGGCAUUCGUCUCGCACGCGGAUACACUAUGCCUGACGAGGCUGGGCUCGUUCUUUUGUGUUACGGGGACGUUGUUGGGACUGUCUGCACACAUAGCGUCGAUAGCGCUUCUUGUCCGCGAGAGCAAACAGCGUACGGCUACAUCCCAGUCCUCGCAAGUUCAGAAGUGCACAAGCGUUCACGCCUGCGGUCUACAUGUCCCCAGCGGCGGACGGCAGGCGCGCAGCGCAACGUCUAGGCUGCAGCCGCUGGUGGUGCCCCUAAGCAUGGCUGGCUUGGUUCUGGAGUUGCUGAGUGGCGUCCCACCGGCUGCAUUGCCGUACGGCCGGAUCCUGACGAUGCUGCUGAUUACCUCCAUCGUCCUCCAGCGGGACCCCUUCUGGGAGGUGCUUCCGCAGCUGGGAGCCGCCUUGGCGCUGGACUUUGUGGGCUUCCUGGCCGCCGUACUCACGGGCCGGUACGACACGCCCCAUGCCGUACUGUGGCAUCUGCUGUCCAGCAUCGCCGCCGCCGUCGCCGUGGUGGCCCUGGCGCCGCUGUACGCCGGGCUGCCGCCGCCACCUGCCGUGCCACAUGCGCAGGUCGCCGCCACCACACGACUCCUAGCAGUGCAGCAGCCGCAGGCACCUCAGCAGCAGCAGCAGCAGGGGCCUCAACAGCAGCAGCAGGGGCCUCAGGAGCCGCUGCCGCCAC